CCAGUCACAUUAUGCUUCCUUCGUCAUUUUUGUCUAAUAAGUAAGCAUGGAGUCAGUUGAUAAACCCUAGGUAGGCGCAUAUCACUAGCUAUAGAAGGUAUGCGUCAGUUAGGCAGUAAAUGAGCAAGACAGAGCGUCACAUAACGAAUACAGGUUGUGUAGUUGUGCAGUUGCAUGUUUGACAGCCAGUGCUUAUAGUAAAUAUGGAUUUCCUUGGUAAUGAAUCCAUCGGGAUGGUGAAUGACAACGACACCUGCACUGAAGAAACACCGGUGUUUUGUUUCACCAGAACGGUAGCUAUUUCCAUCGUACUCGGUAUUGUCUCCAUAGUGACAAUCGUAGGUAAUAUUUUUAUAAUUGUUGCUUACAUCAAAGACAGACGCAUCAGCUCUACCGUGGCCAAUUCAUUUAUACUGAGUCUGUCUGUUUGCGAUUUGAUAGUCGGUGCUGUCUCACUACCCUUGAACUCAAUAUGGAUCGUCCUGGGCUACUGGCCCUUCGGGAAGAUCCCCUGUCAGAUAUGGCUCGCUCUGGACUACACCGUAGUCCAUGUUGCCGUCUUUACGAUCAUUUUCAUUAGCCUUGAUCGAUACUGGCUGCUGACCAAAAAACUCGCCUAUGCUACCUUCCAGACGCACAAACGCGCAGCCAGCAUGAUUACUGCAUCAUGGCUUAUCAACUUCCUGUUUUACUCUGCAGUUACUUUUCUGUGGGGUCCGUUGGCAGGCGGUGAUAAAAUCGAUUAUGACAGCAAUUGUGAACUUGAAUCUUUGGACAGUCUGUCCUUUCAGGCUAUUGAAAUAGUCUCCAAGUUUUUCAUUCCGUUGCUGAUCAUAAUCUACUUUAAUGCUCGAGUAUACAUCAAGAUCAAGCGCAGAUCACAGGGUAUAUUUCAAAAGCCUCGACAGUCUCGCAAAUUGUCGUCCGGAGGCCCAAGCGCCAGCACGAGAAUUUGCGAGAGGAACAACACACAAGAGCAGUCGAGAGAUGAACAACUGAGAAACGUUGAGUAUGAGCAUUGCCCAUCCGAGAAAAAGCAUGUAUCGAGGCAAGAAGAGUGUCAUACUAACACCGGGUUUGAUGGGAAACUUGAAGACAUAACCAUCCGUCUUCAGUCAUACCAAAGCCACAUGCCGGCUGACACUGGAUUUACCGACAAUGCAGGAGGUGCAAUAGCUGCCUUCAAGGAAACUAAGAAACGCGGCGGGACAACGAGGCGGAACAGUAGACCCGACCAAGUUCACAGAGGCACACGUAAAGAAUUCAAGCGGCACAGGAAGGCAGCAGUGACACUGUCGGUUGUGGUAAGCGUCUUCAUAGCAAUGUGGUUGCCUUUUUACGUGGCGUCACUCCUUGCUGCCAUAUGCGAGGAAUGUGUUUCUCAUCUCGCCUGGAUAGUAGUUAACUAUCUGUUGUGGUGUAACUCGACUAUCAAUCCGUUUGUGUAUGCGCUUCUCGUGGUGCAAUUCCGCCAGAAUUUUGUACGCUGUUUGGGACUGAGAUCACGCAAGAAAUGAUCAUAGAUAACGGUUGUGUUGGCAUUGCGAACUGUAAGUGAAAAUCUGUCACUAUAAAUCUUAAUCGAAAUCUCUGAAAAAUCAAAAAUUCUUGUUCCACCAGUUCUACAAAGACUUACAAACAUUGAAUUUAGUACUCUUUAGAUAUCAAGGAAAAUAAGCACUUUUGAAGAUUGGAAAGCUUCAAAUGUUCCUCAGCUGUACAAGUUUGAUAAGGGACCGUUUAGAUAACUAGUGGUUGAUUCGGGAGAGAUGUAUUGGCCAGGUUUUGAGUGAACGGCGUCAGUAUAUCGAUGACUUUUCGUGGUCGUAACUUCUCUACACUACGCAGUGCGCACUCACGUUGGUUUAGCAAACCGCAGUAGAUGUGGAACGUUUUAUCGGUGCAGAUAACAACAGCAUUGGACUUAAGUGAAAAAUGGACAGCGAAAACCCAGCAUGCUCGCCAAUUGUCCAAAGUGAAAUAUAUUAACCAUUUGUUCCACAGUUUAUGAACUUGCCAUACAUUUGAAAUUAGAAUUGAUUUGUGUUUUGGGGAGUUUGGGGCAUCUAUUUUGACUGAAAAUGGAAGAUGUAAUUUAUGUGAGGUCAAACGUAAUGGCGAGCAAUCAACGAGCCCCUUACACACAAAUAGACUGAAUAGUCCAACGCACCAAAAGUAGUGGAACUUUCUUAACGUGCAAGAACAAAUCCCGUGUAACAUCUGUCCUUCCAGCUACAAGAUAAUAGAAUCGAAUAAUGUGUGAAGUGGAGUUAUACAGUG